CUCUGUGACACUACCAUGUCAGUGCUCUCCAGGGACAGGAUUCUCUGUCACUGUGAGCCACUGUUCAUCCCACACCCAGCAUGCCCAAGCCAGGUCUUCCCUCUUCCUUCUUCCUCUGCAGGGAUUGUUUUCAGCAACAACGAGCCGUGGUUACAAGUCCGGCGGUUUGCUCUCACCACUCUGCGGAACUUUGGAAUGGGGAAGAGGAGCAUCGAAGAGAGGAUACAGGAGGAGUCUGACUACUUGCUGGAAGAGAUAAACAAAACAAAGGGAACACCUUUUGACCCAACCUUCAUGCUGAGCUGUUCUGUCUCCAAUGUCAUAUGCUCCAUCGUCUUUGGGAAACGAUAUGAUUAUAAAGACAAGAAGUUCCUGGCUCUGAUGAACAACAUGAACAACAUCUUUGAGAUUACGAACUCCCACUGGGGACAGCUCUACCAGAUGUUCUCAAAGAUCAUGGAUUACUUGCCUGGCCCACACAACAAAAUAUUUGCAGAAUUUGAUGCUCUCAAAGCCUUUGUGGCAGAGGAGGUGAAGUUGCACCAAGCCUCCCUAGAUCCCAACUCCCCUCAGGAUUUCAUCGACUGUUUCCUCAGCAAAAUGCAGGAGGAGAAAGAUCGUCCUGAUUCCAGUUUCCACCUGAAGAACCUGAUAACGAGCACCUUUGACUUGUUUAUUGCUGGAACUGAGACAACUAGCACCACCAUACGAUAUGGGCUUCUGCUGCUUCUCAAAUAUCCAAAGAUACAAGAGAAAGUUCAAGAAGAGAUUGACCAGGUAAUAGGACGAUCACGAAAACCGUGUGUGGCUGACCGGACCCGGAUGCCCUACACAGAUGCAGUGGUCCAUGAAAUCCAGCGCUUCAUCUCUCUUAUCCCCCUGGCUCUCCCUCACACUGUGACCAAAGACACCUCCUUCAGAGAGUACAUCAUUCCUAAGGUUAGUGGGCAAGCUCCCUUAAGUUCAACACGAGGUGCCAGCACAUUUGCCCUUAGGCUGUUACAGCCAGAAGCCAGAACUGUUGUGGCUUGACCUUGUUUUCACCCAGACCGUCUUGAAGGUUUUAUCUUCAGGCUUCUGUAGCUCAUUUGCACUCCCUUGUUGACACUCCAUGGGCCA